CACGAUUCCAACAUGGGCCACAAGAAGAGCAGACGCCACAGCGGUGGAAGCAAAGGCGGCGUGCCAGUUGACCCGUCCGAUAUCGUCAUUCUCGUUGCCGGGCUCUAUGGCGUAGGCAAAAGCACAUUCAUCAGAAAUUGCGUCCAAACAGAUUCUACGCCAGAAAACGUGAGGCUUCCAGCGGUUGAGAGCAGUAUUGUCAACCCAUCGCCUCAACUGGCAGUUACUGCAGCUGCCUAUCCAAUUCCGGAUGCAGCCCGAGCGGGUUUGUUGAUCCCGUCACCUGCAAAUCGUCGAGUAGUCCUCGUCGAAACGCUGGGUUUCGAUCAUGAAGAAAUAUGCACCUCCAGGGCGCAGAAGAUGAUUUGCGACUGGAUACGGGACAACGGAGUCAAGGUCGCUGGGAUCAUCUACCUUGCCGAGAGCAGAUUUUGCAGCCCCGUGGAGAGCAACGUUGACGCCCUGAUUCGCUGGUUUGACUCCGUCUUGCCUGGCUCCCAGACCAAUGCGCUCAACGUCGUCCUGGGCAUCGUAUCCCCGCAGCAAGGUACGAUCUCCGAUAAUCAAGUAACGCGCUUGGAAAACCAUUGGAGGUCCCUCACUGAACGGUGGGGGGAGGAUGGGCAUGGGAGGAUGGAGAUUGGCGUCAGAGAAGAUGAUAGGGAAAAGGCGCUCAGGAUGGUACAGCUGUUGGUGGAUCGGGCGAGUGAAGGGGUGCCUGCGACUCCGAUGCCGCCUUCAAGAAUGGAACAGUCGGAGGAGGAUACACACGAUCCCAAGUGCUGUGGCCUGUUUUAAUGCCAUGAAAAAUGACGUUCUGCGCCAACUAGACUAUGAUACUUCCUGUGCUUGUAGGAUUGGGCGACAGCUUAGAGUUGCGAUUCUCGUGCACUCAAUCUAUGCGCCAUCGGACAAACCCCCACCCACGGAGGAUUACGCAGAAGCACGAUACCCAUAACACUGCCUCCACUAUCUGCGUACCAGACAAACGCCCAACCACCUCUCUCCCCCACCCCGCUCCAUCUCUAGUAUACGCACACACCCCUAAUAUAUAUUUCCAUCUCUUUCUCUCUCUUUCUUUCUCAAUGCUCAUCCAUCCCGGACCAUCCGUCUCCCUAUCUCUAUCUCUAUUUCAUUCCACCCACCCGUCUACCUAGUAUACCCCUCUCUAUACCCCUCCAUCCCACCUCUCCCUCGCUACAAGAUUCAACACAAAAAGCGAUGUACAUAUUAUCUCCGCGUAGUACGUUACACACACGGACUACAAUUACUGUGAUACCUCCCUCCA